UCGUACUUGCAGCCCCAAGCCAACCUGUCCGAGCUAUCGGGAGCGGGCGGUGCCAAUGGAUUUGGUUGGUCUCGGCCCCUCGAACCAAGCAGUCCCAGGGGCUGCUUGCUGGGGGCUGGUUUAAAUACCAGCGCCGGUGUUGGACGCAGAAAGAACGCCACCCGGGAAAGCACUUCCACCCUGAAGGCCUGGUUGCAGGAACACAUUAAGAACCCUUACCCCACCAAAGGCGAGAAGAUAAUGCUAGCCAUCAUUACAAAAAUGACCCUAACUCAGGUAUCCACCUGGUUCGCCAAUGCCCGACGUCGACUGAAAAAGGAGAAUAAGAUGACCUGGACCCCACGUAAUCGCACUGAAGAGUCCGAUGACCCCGACGAUAGGAAAUUCGGCAGAACCAAUUCCGAAGACAGCCAGAAGGGUGCCGGCGGAGACUCGGGUUCCUUUAAUUCUGAACAUCCUCACAAGGUCUUCUCCGAAGCAAUUACUGGAGCUGAAGCUGAAGAUGAGGCAGAAGAGGAUGAGGAGGAAGAUGGGGGUGAAGAGGAGGAAGAGGAAGAAGAAGAAAGGGACGCGGAGGAGGAGGAGGAGGAGGAGGAAACUUCCCUUCCUGCCAACACCGCUUCCGACACUGACGGAUUCCCAGCCUACCACUCGGUACUGGGUGCAAACCAAACAGGCUACAAUCCCGGUGGCCCUCCCUAUUCUUUCUCUUGUGGGUAUGCAGUCGACCGCGCUGAACCAGACAGUUCCUUGUCCCCUGAGGCGAGCGGGCAACAAAGUCUCCGUCAGUCAAGCACACUGCAUUGGUUCAAUGCAGGAGACCCAGGCAGCCAAGUAAGUCGCCUGUCUCAUCCGGCCCUGACCUUCACAGAGAGCCCCACUCAUCAUCCGAGAGGCGGUCUUCGCGAUACCUACACCACCGCGCCGCAAAAGUUCCCUGCACUACCAGAGGCCGGUUCCGCAGGAUUAGUGCAUACCUCAUGGGAUGGAGGUCGCCAACAGGAGCUCUUAAGCAUAGCGAACCCUCUUCCAAAGCCAGCUUGGACAUGGAACGGUAUUAUGCCAGUUUCCACUUUCAAAAGUGAGUCGGCGGAGAAUCAAAACCACCAGCAGCUUGGAGGCGACAGCGUACUUCAAAAUUAUUCGGCUCUUACUUCCACUGUCGCGCCCAGGAGCACUGCUUACUCUAGCGCACGAACAGUCGGCUCCCACGAUUCUCCGUUUUACGAUGGGGUCUUCAGCAGUCCCCGCUUCGCUAUCCAGACAAAUGUAUUCCCUACAGAGGGCUUUUCACAUCACGGCGAAGGCGAACGAGAUGUGAGGACACCGAUAGCAGAGCCCAGGAUGAGAACAAACUUCCCUUCUAUAUAUGCGGAUCACAAUUGGAACCCCAUGGAGACCGGAUUGGUUACAGCACCGCACCAACCUGCUCCACUUGGUGAGGUCAACCGAUCAGCUGCUUCUGCUGCUGCCACCACGAACGUCAACCUGUUCUCGUUCUCCCCUUCCGUCUCCUCCGCAUCAUCCUCGUCCUCCUCCUCUGAUUCCUCUCCCUCUUAA